UUCCAGCCGGGACCAAUGGGCGGCGGCGGCGGCGGCGGGGCGGAGCCCUGGCGGCGUGUGGAGCGCGCCGGCCAUCAGGUCUCUGGGAACGUGAGGCGCUCGGACCGAGACAGGAGCCCUCCUUCCCGGCCAGCGAUGAGCUUGCCAGCCGUGCCCCGGAAUCUGCAGCUACCUCCGAGUCAGAGGACGCAGCCCGCGUUCCGAGAGCAAAGACGACAAAAACUCGAGCAACGUCUAUUAAAAGGAAAAACGCUUUUUGUAUAUAAACAGGAACAUCAGAUAUUAUCCAGAGACCAGAGAGUGAUGACAUCUAAGGACCAGUUCCAAAAAGGGAUAAACGUUCCAAAACUAAAAACAAAAAUGGCUAAUAAAGAAAAUGCCAGUGGGCCUACAGGGAUCAAAAAUAAUGUGACAAUGGAAAAAAAUUGUAUUCCUUCAAAACCUAAUGAAUUAACCAAUUCAGAUUUAGAAAUUGAUACACAUAAUUGUGAGGAUAAUAAUCAACCUCUUCAGUUGUUACCAAUUAAAGAUGACAUCCAAAAUCAACGUAUGACAUUUAGCCAGGCAUUCCACCUUAAAAAAAAUAAUAAAAAGAAAGAAACGCUUACAGAAAAACCGAAGCAAGAAGCUAACAUUCCCAAGAAACCUGUGCUUGGGUCUUAUCAUGGGAAAGUUGUUGAGUCUAAGAUUAAUUCAUUCAGAAAACCUCUACAAGUCAAGGCUGAGAGUUCAGCAGCAAACAAGAAACCUUCAGCUCUGAUCUCUAAUGCCACCAAGCCUCGGCCCAUGAGCGCCAGCAGCGUAACAGUGAAAAGUGAUAGAGCCUCAAAUAUGACUACUACCACUAAAAUCGUGAGCACUGGAUCUCAGAGCAGACAACUUGUGCGAGCUCCUAUUAGAAACCACCACGAUAAUACUCAGGACAAGGUGAAACAAGGCAUCAGUAGAACCCCUGCCAAUGUUACAAUUCGGAAAGGACCUCAUAGAAAAGAACAGACUCAAUUAAAAACAGAUUUAUCUAGUGUCAAAACCAGUUCUGCUCAGGACAUAAAAAGAAAUGAGGCACGAUCAAGAAGCAUAGCAUCUGAAAUUGUAGCCAGGCCUGCUUCAUCCUCUAAUACCAGACUGAUAGAAGAGUCGGAAACCAUCGGCCAGCGAAGACAUACUAUAGCAAAGGCAAGUGUUGGUAGUAGAUCGGGUCAGCCCAAAGAAACCGCAGAACAGAGAAAAGCUCGUCUGACUGAGUGGAAAGCUGGCAAAGGAAGAGUGCUGAAAAGGCCUCCUGGCUCAGGAGAUACCCAGCCUGAGGCUGCAGGGCAAAAUGAAAAACCUGCUGGGUCCUUCUGGACUACCAUGGCAGAAGAAGAUGAACAAAGAUUAUUUACUGAAAAAGUAAACAAGACAUUUUCUGAAUGCCUGAACCUGAUUAAUGAGGGAUGCCCAAAAGAAGAAAUAUUGGUCACACUGAAUGAUCUGAUUAAAAAUAUUCCAGAUGCCAAAAAGCUUGUUAAGUAUUGGGUGUGCCUUGCACGUCUUGAACCUGUCACAAGUCCUAUUGAACAUAUUAUUACCAUCUACGAGAAGGCCAUCCUGGCAGGGGCUCAGCCUAUUGAAGAGAUGCGACAUGCAAUUGCAGAUAUUCUAACAAUGAAGAGUCAAGAAAAAGUUUAUUUUGCAAACAAUAUUGAGGAGGCAACCAAGGAAAAAGUGCAAGAACUCAACGUUAAAGACAUAGGCCUUAGUCUAGAGCCAGGAGAACCGAAAAUGGAAAAUAAACGUCAUAGAAGUGUGAUAUUUCAUGAUUGUGAAAAAGAGCAAGAGGACAAAACAAAAAAUCCAGCCGAUGGUGUUGAAACUUCUGAUAAAGAAACCAGGGAGGGUUGUUUGAUUAAGUAUAAUGUGUCUACUACGUCAUACUUGCAAAGUGCAAAAAAGAAGAUUCAGUUUGAUGAAACAAAUUCUGUAUUUAAAGAGCUCAAGUUUCUAACACCAGUGAGACGUUCUCGACGUCUUCAAGACAAGACUUCUAAAUUGCCAGAUAUGUUAAAAGACCAUUAUCCUUGUGUGUCUUCAUUAGAACAGUUAGCAGAGUUGGGAUGUGAAACUGAUGCUUUUGUGUGCCGUCCUAAUGCAGCACUGUGCCUGAUGGACACAGAGGACAAAACAACCCAGGAGAAAUAAAGCUAUAAUAAGGAAUGGGGCUUUAUUAUUUCUGGGGUGCUUUGUUUUGUUUGUGGCUCUGUAUUUCUCUGUGGUCUGGGCUGGCCAGGUACAUAAGUAUUCUCAGUAUUCAUGGCAGUGAGCUGCUUUACUGAUUUUCAUAUUAUAGCAGAAGUUGCCUUUGAUGCAUCAGAAUCCCAGUCCUUCUUCGUCAAUCUCAACAGAGACCGAGUUUUUCUUGAAGAUAGGAAAAUUUUGUCAGGUAGUUCACUAUGUUCCUUGAGUAUCAACAAAACAUGUCCAUGCAAAUUUAUAAAUUUUGUCUAGAACACCUCAUUUUCUAAUGAUGUAGCAUUACUGUAGUUACAGUUAAUGACUUACAAUGUUUCUAUAAUUUUGGACUUCUUAAAAGUAAAGUGAACAAACUAACAGUACAGUGAAACUUGUUGAUAUUCAAGGCAACUCCUGCUAUAAUGUGAAAAUUAGUAAAAUCAUAGUUUAGAAUAUAACUCCUUGCCUUUAAACAGAAUAGUAACUUUUAUUUUGCCCUUUUUUUUUUUUUGAUGAUUCUGGAUGGACCUGAAAGUCAGCAAUUGUGAUGUGUAGAGUGACUCCCUCCAAACAUUUAGACACAUAAGACUUAGCUUGUUUUUUCACCAAAUGCUUAUUGCCCAGAGUGUUGUGCUCUUCGUGACCCUUGGACUGCCUAUGGUUCUUCACUGUCACUUUUCAUCAAUGCUAGUGGGUUUGUUUCUGUGGCCUUUGGCUUGUUUCUACUUGUAACUGAGGUCAUCAAGAAGAAUGAUUAACCAAAUACUCCAUUUCUAAGAGAAAGUACUUUGUGGUAAGAAGGAAAAGGUGUCAAAUUUAGUGGAUAUUAGAAACUUUAAAUCUAGUCUGAGUUCCUUUCUUCAGUUCUUUUUGUAACUUUGACUACCUAAAAUAUUAAAAUAAUAACUUUAUAGCUUCAUUUGGUGUAGUUUAUAGACUAUUAGAAUGGAGUUAGGAAAGAAAUAUAUAUUGUUUAAGAAAUAUCAUAGUUUAGAUAACAUUUCUAAAAUAACAAACUUUUUUCCUCAUGAUAUAAACACCUAUAACUUCACUUUUAAAUCAUGUCUUCAUAAACAGGACAAUUAUAUACAGUAAACAGUUCUCUUCCACACAUAAUUCCCACCAAUAAAGUUGAUUUAUAAAGCCCUGAAGUAAUACUCGGUAUACAUCUACCAAUUCUGCAGUUUCACGUAAGUGAUUUUCAUUGUAAAAGAUUAAGAUAGUAUUAAAACUAUGUAUGCUAUGUGAAUGUAGUUGAAGAUUACAUAUUCUUACAUAAUUUGUUUAUUCAUUCCAUGUGUAUAAUAGCACCAAUCCUUGUUCUAUUUUUGUCUUCUCAUGUUCUAUAGAGUAAGGCUUUUUUUCUUUUUUACUUGUGUAAUAAUGUGUACAAUAAACUAAAAUGUCUGUA